AUGGAAGAUGGGUGUGGCCUUCGCGGAUUUGUGGGCCAUCCUCUACCACGCCAAAGUUCCGGAGCUGCUCUGGGAGGUGAACCACCUCUGCGGCGGAGUCUUUGCCGACUUGGUGCAGGAAGAGAGCGAUCCCCGCAGGCCAUUGUGGUCAGUCUGCCGCAGAAGAUGAAGGUGGGCUCCACUUAUGACUGCCUCUGCUACCUCGACGAAGCCAGCAAGAAGGCAGUCUACGUGCUGCAGCCGGCGGGCUCAGCCAAUCCCUCAGACUGCGUGCUUUGCGUCAUGGCCCUGUACAACUGGUCAUCGCUACCAGCCGAUGGGGCAACACUGAGCGCAGAGGACGUGGAGCUGCCGAACUCGGGGGCGGCCAGAGGGAACCUCGUGAAGUUCGCGCUGGGCGGGGAGGUGAAGCCUUUGAAGCUCCUCGACCUCAGCAGCGUCAAGAAGCUCUGA